GACGCGAGCGUCGGCACUAAAAUAGAUACGAGAAGAGAAAUAAAAUGAAGUUGGAGAAUGCAACAGCGUCACAGAUGAUAGCGCUGAAGGGAGUGAUUCGGAAUAGCAGCUAUGUGAUUCCGGGUCUCUAUGAUCUGUCGAUCGAGGAUACCAAUUGGGUGCUGACCUCAUCCUUUAUCAUCUUUACGAUGCAAACGGGUUUCGGGAUGCUCGAAUCGGGCUGCGUUUCCAUAAAGAACGAGGUGAACAUAAUGAUGAAAAACGUGAUUGACAUUGUCCUGGGUGGCUUCACAUACUGGCUCUUCGGUUACGGCAUGAGCUUCGGACGUGGACCCUUCUCCAACCCCUUCAUGGCUAUCGGUGACUUUCUGCUUGACCCUCCCGUUGGCGACGAGCUGAUGGGCCAAAUCUUUGCCGCCUUCCUCUUUCAAUUGUCGUUUGCAACAACAGCAACGACCAUUGUCAGUGGCGCCAUGGCUGAGCGCUGCAAUUUUAAGGCCUACUGUGUGUUCUCGUUCCUAAACACCGUGGUGUAUUGCAUACCCGCGGGCUGGGUGUGGGGCGAGCAUGGAUUCCUAAACAAUCUGGGCGCCGUGGACAUUGCGGGCAGCGGCCCAGUGCAUCUGAUUGGAGGCGCUGCAUCGUUUGCUUCGGCUGCCAUGCUGGGGCCACGUCUGGGCCGCUAUGCGGAGGGCAUUGAUCCACUGCCACUGGGCAACCCGGUGAAUGCGUGUAUGGGUCUCUUCGUGCUUUGGUGGGGCUGGCUGGCCUUCAAUUCGGGCAGCACCUAUGGCGUCAGCGGCGCCAAAUGGCAGUAUGCCGCGCGUGCCGCAGUGAUGACCAUGAUGGGCUCCUUUGGCGGGGGAUUUGUGAGUUCGCUCUAUUCGUUCUGGCGUCACGAUGGCCGCAUGGACAUCAUGGAUCUGAUCAACGGCAUUCUGGGCUCCCUGGUCUCCAUCACAGCUGGCUGCUUUCUGUAUCGCGCCUGGGAGGCGCUGCUCAUUGGAGCUUUGGGCUCCCUCCUAUGUGUGAUCAGCAUGCCGCUGUUCGAUCGACUGGGCGUGGAUGAUCCAGUGGGUGCGAGCUCGGUGCAUGGGGUCUGUGGCAUUUGGGGUGUCAUUGCCGUCGGGCUGUUCGCCGACAACCCACUGCCCAUGGACACGACAAAGGGACGCAGUGGCCUGUUCAAGGGCGGCGGCUGGUACCUUUUGGGCAUCCAAACGCUGUCCGCCCUUUGCUUGGCCUGCUGGGGUAUUUGCUCGACAUUUUUGCUGCUCUAUGUGAUUAACAAAGUAAUACCCAUUCGAAUGGACCCGCAUGAGGAGCUGCUGGGCGCCGAUCUCACGGAGCAUCGCAUUCGUCACACGCAAAUCGGACUUUCGCGUGCUAUUUCUGCUCUGGCCCCCAUCAAGAUCGACCUGAAUGAGAUUGUUGGCAUUCAACCAAUUGGGAUCAAUCCUGGGCACGAGCGCAGCAUCGAACAGCUGCGCGCUGCCGAGGACAAACUGCAACAGUGGCAAUCCUACCUGAAUCAGGUGAGUGGCAAGGCGCACAAGCUGGACACUCCCCACAAAACUCUUGAGGAGCACCAACUGGAAACGGACAUAACUCUCAGCUUGAAGCCCAGCAUAAACGAACAUCAGCAGACGGGCAACGUAUUUGGGCGCAGACUGCGGUCAGUCCAGAUUAAGGAGAACAACUGGAACCAGGACCAGGGCACCUAUAAACCCAACAACAGUGAGCUGCCAGUGAUUAGUCGAGUCGCCAAGCUGGACAAGGAUGACAACUUUGCCUGGGUUGAUUAGGCACUCAAAGGUUUAUUCUCUCUUUGAA